UCUGUCUGUGUGUGAUCGAACAUUGCUCGAUCUUUUUUCUUUCUCUCUCUCUCUCUCUCUUUUUUCAUUUGAUACCGCACCGAAAUAUAUUGUCCAACUCAAAUUUCCAAUUCUUUUCGCACAUUGACAUUCUCUACAAAUUACAACAUUAUUAUCGAUAAAAACGAUUAUUUUCCUGAUUAAUUAAAAAAAAAUCAUAAUUGAAGAAAUACAAUGAGUGCCAGCGUAUCAACAGCUAGUUCAAGUCCAGAUAUGAAUGAUCAUCAUAAUCAACAAUCACAACAUCGUGGACGACAAUCAUCAUCAUCAUCAUCGAUUAAUAAUGAUGGUGGUGGUGGUGGUGGUGAUAAUCAAAAUCAAUUUAUUUAUGAAGUUGGUGAUAAAAUCUAUUGUACACAUGAUAAUGAUAUUUAUGAAGCACGUGUUAUGAAAACAGCAAUACGUGAAAAUUUACCAAAAUAUUUUGUACAUUAUCAUGGUUGGAAUAAAAAUUGGGAUGAAUGGGUUGUCAAUGAUCGUAUAUUGAAGAUAAAUGCGGAAAAUCGUUUGAAAUAUGAAGAAUCAUUGCGGCAACAAAAUUCUCGACGUAAUCGUCGUAGUGGUGGUGGUAGUGGCGGAGGCGGCGGCAGUGGAGGUGGUGGUUCUACAGGUAGCAAUAGUGGUACCGGUAGUGAUAAACGAUCAUCAUCAUCAUCAACAACAACAACAGCAUCGAACAAUAAUGAUCGAUCAUCAUCAUCAACAUCAAAAUCGUCGACUGCUAAUCAAUCAUCGGGUAAUCAUUCUGAUGGUGGUUCAAAUGUACAACGAAAAUCAAUGGCCAAUACAUCAUCAUCAUCAUCAUUAGCUAAUGAUUCAAUGAUGGAUGAAAAAUCACAAACAACAACAACAUCAUCAUCACAAUCAUCAUCGGCUCGCCGUCGACGUAAACGAACAACAAGAUUAACAUAUGUUACUGAUGAUGAUCAUAAAUUGAUUAAUAUUCGACCGAAAUUUAAUAUUCCAAAAAAAUUAAUGGAUACAUUAUUGGAAGAUUAUAUACAGAUAAAAUUACGAAAGAAAAUUUUACGAUUAAAUGAUUUGAAAAAAACAGCACAAGAUUUACUUGAUGAUUAUCUGGCUGAUCGUCAACUGAAAGAAUCAUCAUCAUCAACAUCAUCGAUAGAAUCACCGUUGGCAAAUAAAUUCUCAAAAUUAGAUCCACCAUUACAUUUUCAAAUGGAUCCAUUUUCAUCAAAUUUACGUUUCGAUAAUAUCGGUAUAAAUACAUUGAAAAGUUGUUGUAAUGAAUAUUAUUAUCAACACAAUUAUUAUUCAAUUUAG